AUGUAUAAUGGUCAUACUGGCCGUAAAAUAAAUGCUCAAGUCUUUUUAGGGCCCACUUAUUAUCAACGUUUAAAACAUAUGGUAGAUGAUAAAAUUCACAGUAGAGCUCGGGGGCCUGUACAAAUUCUAGUUAGACAACCUAUGGAAGGAAGAGCAAGAGAUGGAGGCUUGCGAUUUGGUGAAAUGGAACGUGAUUGUCAAAUUUCUCAUGGAGCUGCACAAUUCCUAAGAGAACGUUUGUUCGAAGUAUCAGAUCCAUAUCGGAUACAUAUAUGUAAUUUUUGUGGUUUAAUUGCUAUAGCCAAUUUAAGGAAUAAUACAUUUGAAUGCAAAGGAUGUAAAAACAAAACACAAAUUUCUCAAAUUAGAUUACCGUACGCGGCAAAAUUACUCUUCCAAGAACUUAUGGCUAUGAAUAUUGCGCCUCGGUUAAUGGUAGCAUAA